AUGCCGGUCCCAAUUCGCUUCUCCCGCGACUACGUAUCCAUGAGCACCCUCGACUCGUCCCCCAACCCCCAACUCAUCUCCAUGAACCCUGCCCAAAAACUCCCAGUUGGAUCACGGUACGAGUCCGUACCCCAUGUAGGACCCGGGACAGCGGUCUAUGUUCGUCAACCAACUCGAUCUCAACUUGUGAGUUUACUUUCCUGCUGGUGUCGGUGGAAAAGGGGCUCAUAUCCUUCUGGGGCCGCCCCGCGCGAACAGAAAGCAAACUCGGGCUUGUUCUCCAACCCAAACCGGGCAUUCUACAUUCCUGACCCAGAAGGAAAACCUGUAAGUACAUACAACUGUCGCGGAGAUUCUACUAUGGCCGUUCCAAUAUACUGAAUCUGCCCCCCCUAUGUCGGGUGUCGUUGUCCAGUUCGUUGACGUCGACGGCGUCGAAUCCGGGCCUCGAUGGAUCCUCAUUGACCCGCAAGGCAAAGUCGGAUCUGACGACGGAAAAAAGCACAAGGAGGAAAGGGGGUGCUGCAUCAUGUGA